UGCGUUAUUUGUUGUGAAGUUCUAUCAGCCGAAUCUAUGAAGCCGAACAAACUAAAACGCCAUUUUGAUAGCAAGAGUCCGAGCUUUGCCGGCAAGGAUACCAACUAUUUUAGACGCAAAGCUGAUGGACUCAAGAAAGGCAGACUAGACACUGGUGGCAAGUAGCACAAACAAAACGUAGCAGCUGUUGAAGCUUCAUAUUUGGUGGCACUCAGAAUCGCCAGAGCUAUGAAACCUCACACCAUUGCUGAGAAUUUACUGUUGCCAGAGACCAAAGACAUUGUUCAAGUUAUGAUCAGAGAUGAAUUUGCUAUGAAAUUGAGUGCAAUUUCCUUAUCUAACAACACUAUCCGCAGAAGAGUAAAUGACAUGUCUGCUGCUAUUCUAGAUCAGGUAAUCCAGGAAAUUAAAUCUCCUCCAUUUCCAAUAUUUAGUAUCCAGCUUGAUGAAUCUACAGAUGUUGCAAACUGUUCACAGUUACUGGUUUACGUGAGGUAUAUUAAUGAUGGCGACUUUAAAGAUGAGUUUCUUUUUUGCAAACCUCUUGAAACUUAAACUACUGCACGUGAUGUAUUUGAAGUUGGUUCAUUUCUGAAAGAACAUAAGAUCUCUUGGGAAAAGGUUUGUAGUGUUUGCACAGAUGGUGCUCCAGCUAUGCUAGGAUGUCGAUCUGGAUUUCAACGUUUGGUACUGAAUGAGUCACCAAAAGUCAUUGGAACUCACUGUAUGAUUCAUUGCCAAAUAUUAGCAAUGAAGACACUGCCACGAGAGUUACAAGAAGUAAUGAAAAGCGUCAUAAGUUGUGUCAAUUUUGUAAAGGCGAGCACUUUAAACAGUCGACUGUUUUCGCAACUGUGCAACGAGUUGGAUGCGCUGAACAAUGCUCUGCUAUUUCACACUGAAGUGAAAUGGUUGCCAAGAGGAAAAAUUUUAAAACGUGUUUUUGAGCUUCGUGAUGAACUCAAAACGUUUUUUAAUAAGAAAGCAAGACUGUGGUUUGAAGCACUUUUCGGCGAUAAAAGUGAACUGCAGAAAAUAGCUUACUUGGUUGACAUCUUUGCUGUCUUGAAUGAGUUAAAUUUAUCACUGCAAGGACCAAAUGCAACAUUCCUCGAUUUGUCUGAAAAGAUCCGAUCAUUCCAAAUGAAACUUCAGCUUUGGCAAAAAAAAUUGGAUGAACACAAAAUUUACAUGUUGCCUACCUUAUCUGCUUUCUUCGUGGAACAUGACAUUGAACCAGACAAAAGGAUUACAAUGAUAAUUUCUGUGAAAGAACACUUGCAGAUGCUUGGAGAUGAAAUUUCAUCAUACUUUCCAAAUCUACCUGACGCCCCAUUUGCACUUGCCAGAAGCUCAUUAACAGUCCAAGUUGAAGAUGUUCCUGAGACAGCACAAGAAGAGUUCAUUGAACUUAUUAACAACGAUGCAGCAAGAACUGAUUUCUCUACAAUGCCAGUUACAAAAUUCUGGAUCAAGUGUUUGCAGUCAUAUCCUGUUCUGUCUGAGACUGUGUUGCGCCUUCUUCUUCCAUUUCCAACAACAUAUCUUUGUGAAACAGGGUUUUCCAGCUUGUUGGUUAUUAAGUCUAAAUACAGAAGUAGACUUGUUGUGGAAGAUGAUCUUCAUUGUGCUCUUGCAAAGACUGCCCUGAGAAUUUCUGAUCUGGUGAGAAAGAAGCAAUCUCAACCUUCACACUGAU